AUGGAGUAUUUAAUAAUUAAUGCUGUUGAAUUGAUUGAGCUAUGUAUAUUAGAAGUUGCAUUGGAUCUGCUGUCGAGCCACCAAGAACUGGCGAUUACUGUAGAGUCUACUCCAGACAGCUGUACCAGAACGGCCGUGCAUGCAUUGGCAAAUCUUCCUUCUGCUUUUCUACGGGGAUGUCGGCUCAGAUUUUGGCAACAAUGGCUAUAUAACUGUAUAUGUAUAGGUUCUACUUCCUGUCGCAACAUCCGUACGGAAUUCAAUACUCUACCUAUCCAUGUCACUUGUGAAGGGAGCACGACCACAGGAAUCCAGGGCCUAUAUGAUAUGAAAUUGGUUCAUGAUCAAACCUCAGAACUUCUGAGCCAAAUGUGCGAAAUGAUAAAAAAUUUGGAUAAAAAUAAAGUGCAAGAACUUCAUGUAAUUGAAGCUCUGUUUGUAGCUGUCGAACGAGGGAAUGUAGAAUUUGUUAAAAUAAUAUCUACUCGUACUCGCCAACAUUAUAACAUGCUACAUAUUGCAGCAACGUUGGCUCCUAAACCACAACUGAAUCGUAUUCCAGGAGCAGCUUUACAAAUGCAGAGUGAAUUACAAUGGUUUCAGGAGGUGAAGUCAAUUCUGCCUCCUUUUGCUCUAAACCAAAAAAACAUGUUCAAUAAUAUGACCCCAGAUGAAUUAUUUACUGAAGAACACAAAAACUUGUUGAUUGAGGCAGAAAGAUGGAUGAAAGAUACAGCAACUUCAUGUACAGUGGUAGGUGCUCUCAUUGUUACUAUCAUGUUUGCUGCAGCUUUUACAGUCCCCGGAGGAAACAACCAGGAUUCCGGGUUUCCAAUUUUCUUGAAUAAACAAACAUUUGAGAUUUUCAUAAUAUCAGAUGCCCUAUCACUAUUUUCCUCCACUACUUCAGUGUUGAUGUUUUUGGGAAUCCUUACCUCUAGAUAUGCAGAACAAGAUUUCCUUAAAUCUUUGCCUAGAAAGUUGAUGUUUGGUCUUUUCGCUCUCUCUUUCUCCAUUGUCUCCAUGAUGGUAGCCUUUUGUGCUACGCUUCUCCUUGCGCUGAGGGAUAGAUAUUCAUGGAUUUUCAUUCCUCUUAUUUGUCUUGCUAGCAUUCCAGCCACUUUAUUUGUAUUUAUGCAAUCUCCUCUUCUGGUUGAUAUUUUCCGUUCUACUUAUGGAGGAGGAAUCUUUGAUAAGAAAGCUAAGAUUUCGAAAUAGGUUACUUUUUUUUUUUUUUUUUUCAAUGUCCCUGUAUUAAAAUUGGUUUGGGAUUUUCAUGUUAAGUUUCGUAAAGAAUAAAUAUCUCAUGUGUAUGCAAUUGUUCUUUCGAAUAAUGGAGAUCAAGGGGCAUAACAUCGAGCCU